AUGGCCGGAGUUCUUGAGCCUGAGGCUGGAAUUUUCUAUGCCGUGUGCUGGAUCGUCGUCAUCAUUCGACUCAUAUCACGAAGAAUACAUCGUGGAUCAUGGAAAUUAUUGCAAUUAGAUGAUUACUUAAUACUUGUAGCCAUGGCUACCGACACAGUGCUGAUUGCUAUCAUGCACGAAGUCACAAAGACUAGCAGCAACCUAAUACCGCCGGGAGACGACGUCUCUCAAUAUUCAGAUGCCGAAAUCAAGAUGCGUAUAUACGGAUCCAAGCUGGUCUUGGUAGUAGAGCAGAUGCAACUCCUUACCAUAUGGCUGGUCAAGGCAUGCCUGCUCAUUAUGUACAACCGUAUGACGAUGGUCCUCCCGCAACACAAGAUCGUCAUCGCCACAUCCAUAUAUGUCGCUGUCGCAUUUGUGGUCAUGGAAAUAUUGUACCUUGGGGUUUGGUGUCGGCCGUUCUCGCAAUACUGGGCAGUACCGCCGAAUUCGAAACAAUGCUCGGCAGCGACCAAUCAUCUCAUCACAAACGCCGUCUUCAAUAUUUCCAGUGAUCUGAUCAUCAUAAGCAUACCCAUGCCGUUGCUCUUCAAAGUACGCCUACCGAAGAAGAACAAAACGAUCCUUUUCGUGAUCUUCUGUAUAGGAGCGUUCACCAUCGUCGCAGCGGUCCUCAACAAAUACUACUCGUUCACAAAUCCCUUUGGAACAGAGUGGACGAUCUGGUACCUUCGAGAGUCGUAUACAGCGAUACUCUGCGCGAAUCUGCCCUUGACCUAUCCGCUUAUACAACGGGUUCUCGGUCUGAGAAACUGGAGCUCCAACACAUAUACUGCGGAGGACACAUACGGGCGCAACACCGUCACACGACCACAACAAUCUGCAAAUACACAUACCCGCGCCUAUUGGCCGGAACCUAGAGCAGAACCGAUACCUAGAGGCUUUCGGGAUAUCUUCAGGCGGACGGAGAGCCAAGAAGACAUGAAUGGUGGUCUUGGGAAGCAAAGAGAGGAUCAGGAUCCACAAUUCAUCACCAGCGCGAUCGAAAUGGAGGACGCGAGGUCGCUACGCGUGUCAAGUUCAACUCACAAGCCUUUGUUCCCAGACUGUAACACGAUGCACAUCCACGACGUACUCAUCAUCGGUGGAGGCCCGGCUGGCCUAGCGGUAGCAGCACGGCUCCGUGAACAGACACCCUCGGCAACCUUCACAGAUGAUGAACAUCAACGUUACCACUGGAUACGUAAACAUGGCCGGAAAAUGAACAUCAAAAACUACCGGACGAACAAGGACUCACUGCCAACGCCACCGUCAACACCCGGGAACUCAGAUUGUGGCUGCGACCAUGAGGAAGCACCCGAAGAAGCAAUAGAUAUGCUAGUACUCGAUGCCGAUGGAGCAGACUGGAUGUCAAAGUGGAAGCGCCUCUUCAAGACUUUCCACAUUGACUACCUACGAAGUCCGAUGUUCUUCCACGUUGAUCCGGCUGACCGAGAUGCGCUGCUCGGGUAUACGUACGAGAAAGAAAGAGACAAAGACAUCCUAGCACUACCUGGAGUUGCCGGGAAGGAAGUGAGCAAGCACAAAAAGAAGAAGAACCUGAAGUCGCAAGGAAGGUUUUUGAGCCGCACGCCAGACGUCGAUGAAAGGGACCGAAAGGACUACUUUGUACCACGUACCGAUUUGUUCGACGCUCACUGUGAAGAGGUCAUCAAGAGAUAUCGGCUUGGCAAGGAUUUGUUGAGGAAAGAGAGCGUCGUGAACAUCGAAUACGACAACAUCUCGAAGUUCGAUGAAGCGGACCUUGACAGUGUCGUCUCAGAUGAUGUGAUGGCGGACGAGAGAAAAGUCUUCCGCGUCUCCACAGACCAAGGCGUGCGUUUCGCCCACCUCGUCGUUUUGGCUGUCGGUCCUGGAAAUGCGCCCUCGAUACCUCCUGUCCCAGGUCUACCAGCUCAGCGUCCACACGAAGGUUUUGCGCAUGCGAUGCAGAUUAAGCAGUUUCCACCACCUCAUGUAAUGGCCAAAGUCAAGGCUCGUCAGUCGACCAGCAUGCUCAUAGUUGGUGGCGGCUUGACAAGCAUUCAGCUGGCAGACCUAGCAAUCAAGCGAGGCGUGAACAAAAUAUGGAUGCUCAUGCGCGGUCCGCUCAAGGUCAAGCACUUUGACGUGGACCUAGAGUGGGUGGGCAAGUUUCGGAACUUCAAGCAAGCUGAGUUCUGGACGGCAGAUACUGAUGAAGAGCGAUUUGAGAUGAUAGUGCAAGCCCGUAACGGAGGAAGUAUGACGCCGCGGUACCGGAAAAUUCUCGACACGCAUGUCGCACAUGGAAAGAUCGAGCUUCACACCUAUACUCAGCUUCAGUCUGUAUCGUGGGACGAAAGCUCAAAAACGUGGGCAUGCGAAGCCGCUUCCACAGAGUCGACGCCCAAACUGCCGCCUGUCGACUACAUGAUCUUUGCCACUGGUAUUCAGUCAGACAUUCGCACCAUACCCUACCUCCAAAACAUCCAACAACAGUAUCCUAUCAAGUACGUUGGCGGUCUGCCAUGCUUGAGUGAGGACUUGAUGUGGGACGAUGACGUUCCUCUGUUCGUGACAGGACGACUUGCCGGAUUGAGACUUGGCCCUGGCGCACCGAAUUUGGUUGGCGCAAGAGUAGGCGCUGAACGAAUCGCUUGGAAUGUGGACGAUGCUUUGAAGAAAAUGGGGAAGCUGAGCAGCAGAGCGCAGGAUGAAAGCGACGACAAUAGUGGCGACGAGAAGAUGGCGGCUUAUGCUGCAGCGAGGGAUAACCGGUUUGACAGUUUGUUCGAGUUGGAUGAUGCGGCAGCAUAG